GCGUGUACAGAGCUGUGGGGCUGUAAGCAGAAGGUGGUGCAGGCAAAGUAUGUGGGGAGAACCCAGAGCUAGAAAAAAUCAAAUGUUGGAGGGAGGAGUGAGGGGCAGUGAGAGCAAGUACGGGGAGCUUGGAGUGAGUCAGGAGACUGGGUGGCAAGGAGCACAAGAACAAAGGGAAUCCUAAGGUCAGCACUGAGAGACGCCACACUUUGUCUUCAGCCAUGCUACAGCUGCAGUAACUAGACUCACUGACCACAGCCACCUUUCCUUCUUCAAGUAAUCCACUUGUCAGCUGGAGUUUGCUCCAUCCCCAUGCUGGGGACUCUGCCUGCCUACACCCUACGUUGUGCCUCUCCCUCCAGUGGGACUAAGGAGGGUAACUAAGAAAUACAACAGUUGCUCAGCAACUCACUGUUCCCUGAGGAGGACGAUCUAACCUAUCUGUACCAGCCUCCUGGAUUAGCCUUCUCUGCGCAGCUGGAGAUGCUCUUAAUCUGACUUUUUCCAGGAUCCUCCGUGUAGAACCUGCAGAUCUUUACGCCUGCAAGCCUCUGAAGCCUCCAUUGGAAAGAAACACAGUUGUACGGGGUGUGCUGACCUUUUGUGCAGGACGGUGCAGGACAAAGGUCGAGCUGAAGGGACAUGGCAUCAGAUUAUUGAUCUCUGAGGAGACCUUCAGCUUAGAUGCCCCUGAUGGAGGCUGAGGAACAAGAAGAAGAUGCCAACUCCCUCUCAAAGGAUGAGUCUGAGACUAACUCAUGUGACCGCCUCCGCUACGUGCCCCUCUGCAUAGCCUUUCUAUUGCUGGCCGGAACUGCCACAGCAACCUGGUAUUUCCUAGACUACAGACCACGGCACCCAGAACCAGCCAUUCUGCAGGUUUACUCUGGCAGCCUCCAGGUCCUCAAUAGCCAGUACUCCGCAGACCUCGGGCGGUCAGAAUCCAGAGCCUUCUGGACAGAGUCGGCUAAACUUCAAAAGAUGCUGAAGGAACUGAUUCGUGCCACAGAGCUGGGGCGAUAUUACAACUCGAGCACAGUCUAUGCAUUUGGGGAGGGGGCUCUGACCUUCUUCUUCUGGUUUGCCCUCCAAAUCCCUGAGAAUCAGCAAAAGGAGAUGACUGCUGAGAGGGUAAAUGCAACGCUCCACCAAGAACUCACCACUCGUUUCAAAAGCUCAAGCAGCCUGUCCUAUCAGACAGAGUAUAAGGUCAAUCCUGACUCCCUGGUUCUGCUGGAAUCCAGUGUGAAAGACAUAAUAGUCCUGAAAUCCACUCUGGGUUGCUAUAGAUAUAGCUAUCUCCAGGAAGAUGACGUCUUAAGGUUGGAGGGCCCUGACUACUUGGCCUCCAGUUGUCUUUGGCAUCUCCAUGUCCUCAAGGGCUACAUGAUCAAGCUACGCCUGGAGUGGACUCUGCCAGAGUGCAGGGAUCGCCUGGCUAUGUACGAUGCAGCAGGGCCUCUGGAGAACCACCUCAUCACCUCAAUCUAUGGUUGCAGCCGGCAGGAGCCCAUUGUGGAAGUCCUUUCAUCAGGCUCUGUGAUGUCCAUUGUGUGGAAGAAAGCCAUGUACAGCUACUAUGACCCCUUCAUCCUCUCAGCACAGGCUGUGCCCCUCAAAGCUUGCGAAGUGAAUAUAACCCUACGAGAAGGCCUGGAACUGCAGGGGAAGAUCGGCACGCCACACUACCCAAGUUACUACUCACCCAACACGCACUGCACAUGGCAUUUGACGGUUCCAUCUCUUGACUAUGGGGUCACCCUGUGGUUCGAUGCCUAUGCCCUCAGCAGACAGAAGUAUGACCUGCCCUGUACUCAAGGCCAGUGGAUAAUUCAAAACAGAAGGUUGUGUGGCCUGCGGACCCUGCAAGCCUAUGCUGAGCGGAUUCCUGUCACAUCCUCUGCUGACAUCACCAUCACCUUCACCUCACAGAUAUCCUUAACCGGCCCUGGCGUACAGGCUGCCUACAGCCUGUACAACCAGUCAGACCCCUGUCCCGAGGAGUUCCUGUGUUCUGUGAACGGCUUGUGUGUCCCAGCCUGUGACGGGAUCAAAGAUUGCCCCAAUGGGCUGGAUGAAAGAAACUGUGUGUGCUCCGCAAAGUUCCAGUGCCGGGAGGACAGCACUUGCAUUGAGUUCAGCAGGGUCUGCAAUCAGCAACUGGACUGUGUCAGUGGGAGUGAUGAAGAGCAGUGCAGUGAAGGAGUUCCCUGUGGGCCUUUCACCUAUCGCUGUGAAGAUGGAACGUGUGUGAAGAAACCUAAUCCUCUGUGUGAUGCCACUGUGGACUGCAAGGACCUGUCCGAUGAGAAGCACUGCGACUGUGGGUUACAAGCCCCUCUCAGCAGGAUUGUGGGUGGUGCUGAUUCUGUAGAAGGGGAAUGGCCAUGGCAAGCCAGCCUGCAAGUUCGGGGACGCCACAUUUGCGGGGGAACACUCAUUGCUGACCGCUGGGUAGUCUCAGCUGCACACUGCUUUCAGGAUGACAGAUUGGCUUCCCCCUCCGUCUGGACUGUUUACUUGGGCAAGUAUUUCCAAAAUGCCACCAGUCAUACAGAGGUGUCCUUCAAGGUGAACCGCCUAUUCCUCCACCCUUAUUACGAGGAGGACAGCCAUGAUUAUGAUGUGGCCCUGCUCCAGUUGGACCAUCCUGUGAUCAGCUCAUCCUUCAUCCAGCCCAUCUGCUUGCCUGCCCCCUCCCACCUCUUUGAGCCUGGCCUUCAUUGCUGGAUCACUGGCUGGGGAGCCAUCAAGGAGGGCGGCCGCAUCAGCAACAUCCUGCAGAAGGUAGAUGUGCAGCUCAUCCAGCAGGACAUCUGCAGUGAGGCCUAUCACUACAUGAUUUCUCCCAGGAUGCUCUGUGCUGGGUACCACAAGGGCAAGAAAGAUGCCUGCCAGGGUGAUUCUGGAGGUCCACUAGCCUGCAAGGAGCCCAGUGGCAAGUGGUUUCUGGCUGGUUUGGUGAGCUGGGGGAUGGGAUGUGCACGUCCAAAUUACUACGGAGUAUACACCAGGAUCACACAAGUGCUGGGCUGGAUGAAUCAAACCAUGAGCUGAGAAAUUCCACCUCUGCCUUCCCCCACCAGACCUAGUCUCACAUGGCAUUUGUUCCUGACCUUGCUCACUUUUCUCCCAGAAAGAGAGAGAGAGGUUCUGUGUGGGAUAUUGUCAGACUUGGGGUGCUCUUGUGAGCAGGGUAGAAGAAAGCCUACAGAAGAGAUGAUGGAGGGAAGCAGGCAGGCCCUCUUCCCCCUCAGUGCUUCCUAGGGAACAUCCCAAGAUGUUUUUAGGCCAGCCAUCCAAAACAGUUGGAGGGAGGGGGAAACAGCAAAGGUCCCAAGCUGAUGGUUUCUGUGUAGAGGAAUAAGGGGAGAUGAACUUUCCACAAACCAUGUGAUUCAGCCACAAUCUUAUACUGGCAUAUUUGCUGAAAGAAAAUGUGACUGAUGUAGUUAGCGAUUCCAGUAACUGUGAAAUCUAUCUGCCUCCCUCUUCCGUCCUGCCACUCAUCCUUCUCCCCUCAUCCCUUCCCAUUACUCCUCCUCUUCCAUCUCCCUAAUUGCUUCUUUUCUUAGCUAGCAUGUGCUAUUCAGCUCAGCUAGACAAUUUCUUCACAUCUCACUGACUCCUAGGCACUAGUCCAGCAUCAUACCCCCAAGCAUGUGUCCCUGCUUGCCUGCUGAAAUAACAUCCAGGCUCCACUGCUGCCAAUGGAUUCCUUCAGGCGAAGCCCUAGCCCCUCAGUAAAAAUAUUUGAGAAGCUUUCUAUCUACUUCCCUGUGCCCUACUAAAUAUCUUUAACAUGAAGUAAUAUCUCAUCUGCUUCCAGAGCUUAGUUAACCCAAGAGAUGAGGGAGAAGGCUAAGGGCACAGUGCUUUAGACAGUGACUGCUAUGGGGAUUUUUUUGUUGUUUUUUUUUUAACUAAAGAUACACACACACACACACACACAUCUAUAUAAAAUGAGCCACUCUCUGGAAUUAGAAAUAAAAUUAAUAUUUUUUGCUC